AUGGACCAUUUUCACCCUGUGACCAAGAACUUUAGCAACACUGAGGUGCAGAAGGAGUCCGCAGGUGAUGUGCAAACCAGCCUGAAAGCCGCCUCUCGCACCAAUAGCCGACAAGCAUACGAAAUGUUUGUGGAAGCGGCUGAUCGCAGCGCCCGUCAUUGUACGCUCAGGGGACAGCUUGAUCUGCAAUACGAAAAAGAGCCCAUCGCACUGGAUUUAGUGGAACCGGCCACAAACAUCUUAAAACGGUUUUCAACUGUGCAGGAAAAAUACCCUUGGGUACUCUUGAAGCCCUACCGCGACUUUCCGCGAUGA